AUGGACAUGGAGCAAAAGCAAGAGGAGCUCAUCGAUCACUUCGUCAAGCAAGCCUCGUCUCUCACCGGCGCCUCCCUCGCCUCCCUCGUCUCCGAGGCAACCUCCCACCCUUCCCUCUUCGCCUUCUCCGAGAUUCUCUCCGCCCCUUCCCUUCUCCAGUGCAAGAUUUUCAAUCCUGUGGAUAUGACGUCACCAAUGGAUGCGCUUGAAGGAACAGAGAAUUCUGUGUACCUCGAUGUGCUUCGUCUGUUUGCGCACGGCACAUGGAGUGAUUACAAGAGUAAUGCCGGUCGUCUUCCACAAUUGGUCCCUGAUCAAGCACUGAAGCUAAAGCAGUUAACUGUGCUUACACUUGCAGAGACAAACAAGGUACUACCAUAUGAUCAGCUAAUGCAACAGUUAGAUGUUGCAAAUGUACGUGAACUUGAGGAUUUUCUCAUUAAUGAGUGCAUGUAUGCGGGCAUAGUAAGGGGAAAGUUGGACCAGUUAAGAAAAUGCUUUGAGGUCCAAUUUGCUGCAGGGAGAGAUCCGAGACCUGAACAACUUGGGAGUAUGAUCGAGACACUAUCAAAUUGGUUGGUUACGUCAGAUAACCUUCUUAUCUCAAUUCAAGAGAAGAUGAGCUGGGCUGAUAAAAUGUCUGAACUGAACAAGAAGCAUAAAAAGGAAAUUGAAGACAAGGCUGAAGAAGUAAAGAAAACAUAUUCUUUGAAGGCCGACAAUGACUUCCGGGGGCAUGAGGAGAUAUACUCCGAACCUGGUGGAGUGAUGGACUAUGAGGAAGACCGAAGUCGACCAAAGAGGAGACGUCAUCCGAUAUAUAGAUGAGAGAUUGAGAGUUGAGAGGUGGUAGAAGGAAGUGUAUAGGCAAGUAUUAAAGCCUAGUUUUUGUUCAUGACAUUCCCAGACCUGUUGAUGUCUCCUCUUUGCGACCACAAUCUCAGAAAUUAAACUUUUGUUCUUUAUACUAUUUACCCUGUUUUGAACCCCUUACUAUGCCAAUUGAAGUGUAAUGCUACCACAACUGUAAUGCUAAAUUUCGUGAUGAAAUGUUUCUUUG